AUGCAGGUUGAAGAGCAACAGCAAAAGAAGUUAGGCGCCAUUACACACAGUCCUUAUUAUGGUUGUACAGUACGAGUGUUAUCCAAAGUUCAUGUUUCCUACGAAGGUGUUCUCGAUGGAAUUAGUGCCAAUAAAGACCGCAUAUUUCUAAAAGAUGUUCAUGUCAACGCAAAUUUAGCAACAUCACCUGAUCGAAGUAAGAAAAAUAAACCUACGGACACAUUGGAGAAAAGCAGUACGAGCGAUACAUUGAAUGCGGUGAUGAUUGAUCAUCUAACAACGGACAUUCACAUAUACGAACAUGUAUGUUUGAAUGUUCGGGAUAUAAAGGAGUUAAGAUUAAUACAACUGCCAUCGACAUUUAACGAGUCGAAAGCGAAGUUACGUGAAAUUGAUCCAUGUCUUGUUGACAUUCGUUUAUCAUCAUCCGAUGACUAUGAGAGGCAGUCAAACGGCUCGCCGACUAAUCAAUCAGUACGCGCACCUAUCGCACGCCAACGUCGAGGCGAAUCAUUGGGUAGUACUGGCGAUAAUUUAUUAGUUUCUUCGAGUUCCAAUGAAUCAUCAUCACCCUCGUACGGUCGCCGACGAUCUUCGGAAAAUGUUGCUGACGAAAUGCAAAACCUGUGA